AUGGAGCUACGUCAGUAUUCGAAGCUGAUUUUGCUGAACACUUGCUUCAAUGUGGUGUAUAGCUUUACCAAUUUGAUUACUGGCUUUGUAAGUUUUUUUUGGUAAGGUUGGGCUCGGUAAGUUGGGGUAUGGUAGAGUAGGAUAGGGUAUUGUAGGGUAGAGUAGGGUAGGGUAGAGUAGAGUAUGGUAGGGUAGGGUAUGGUAGGGUAGGAUAUGGUAGUGUAGGGUACGGUAAUAUAAAAUUUUAAUUUUAAAACUCGUUCUUUAUCUUCAGCGCAUAAAAAUCAUCAACUCAUACGUGGUCCUUAUCACCAACACGUUGAUAAUGUACCGUAUACCGUUAUGGUUGCAACGUGGCGUCAUCAUAUACCUAUUCACACAAUCCGACACGAGUAUCGGCAUUUACUCCAUCAUCUUCUACUUUCGCUACCAAAUGGCGAAACAGGCGGUGGUGAAAAACCGCAGUGUACUUGCAGCAGUGGUUGUGUUGGUGAUGGCGACCGGGCUCAAAAGCACGCAUUGGGUUUUGUCCACGGAGUUCAUGAGCUAUGAUUCGGAUUUGUGGCUGGAAUUGUUUCCGAACUGUCAGAACCAGGACAUCGAGUUGCCCACGGUUUCGAUUCAAGCAAAGGUUGGUGGCGGUCAAGGGGAGGGGGGGGGGUACAGUAGAACAUGGAAUGUAGGGCAUGGUAGGUAAGGUAAGGUAAGUUAGGGUAAGAUAUGGUAAGGUAGGAUAAAAUAGGGUAGGGUAAUGUAUGGUAGGUGGUCAUGGGGAUUGGAUCUGAAUUUUAAGUCCGGCCCUUUUUUCUUAAUAAAAAUUUUUACGUGCAAACGAGCCUGGAUUUUCGGGGCGGGCCUUUACCAAGUAUAUCAUCUUUUAUAAUCAUCUUGACCUUGAUUAGGAUACUGUAUAGCUAGUUAUGGUAGUUAAAGGUCAGCUAUAAUUUUGUAUGGCAUGUAUAACAGUGUAAUUUUGAGCAUUGUACUAUUGGAUGGUAAAGUAGCUAAGACUAAAUUUUUUUAUUUUUCAGGAGCAAAAGGCCUCUUCGUUACAAAUUCAGAUUCACUACGCUUUCGCGAUCGUUUGUAUAUCGUUGGUAGUGUAUUAUGCUAUUCGUACGCAUCGAUUAUUUGGCAAAGCUUUAUACCCAAUGUCGAACAAGACCAAAAGACUGACUGAUAACUUGACCAAAGCUUUGUUUUUGCAGGUGUGUUACUUCGAUAUGCCCUACCCUACUCUACCCUACCCUACCCUACUCUCCUCUACCCAACUCUACCCUACCUUACUUUACUUUAUCCUAUUAUACGUCACUCUACCUAUGCUGCCUUACCCCUUCCUAAAUUGCCAUACCUUAUCCUGCCCUACCAUAUCUCACUCCACUAUCUUGUACUUUAGUCUGCCCUACCGUUCCUUCACCUACUUCUUUAUUUUAAUACUGAACCUCAUUCUAAUUUACCCUACCCAAUAACUUUUAUUUUCUCCCCAACUAAAAAAGUUAGAAAUUUAGGUAUUAAUCCCAUUCGUGUUUCACACCGUGCCGAACCUUUUGUACUUGAGCAAAUUCGUGCCACCGGCUGUGAAGAGGGCGACCAGCACGUUGGUUAUCACGGUAAUGCUGCUGAACCCGCUGAUGGACGGGGUUAUUUUGCUAAGCAUUUUGCCGGUAUUUCGUCGACGAUUCAAGUUUUUUGUCAACAAGGUUUUUCACCAACCGGCCACUUCGUCAACUAGUGUUAGAACAGUCGUCAAACAGCUGCCUGUUGUGUCUUGA